GUACCUUCGUUCCAGAUGUCUGCACUAAGUGAACUUGGGUUGUGCAUUGCAAACAAUGAGAAGGAAGUCACCGAGUCGGACUCAGUAAGAACAUUAUACAACUCACAAACCAUAAACUCUGCUUCCUGAGACCCAAGAAGAUAACGUUGCGCAAGUGCGUUUUUCAACAAUCUGAGACGAGACGCUUCGCCUUCACAGCGGCCCUCUGAGUGUGCUUUAGCAAAGAAAAUGGCUGGGGGCAGGUACAUCUCGUUCUUAUGGGCAGUGCUGUCGCUGAUAACAGUACUUGCAGUGGCUGAAGCGGACCUAGCAUCAUGGCUACACCGCCCGCCCCCUGCGUCAGCGCGGCGCCCUCCGCCAUCCCGCCACCGGAAGCCGCCGCCAUCGGCGGUUCGGGUUGACCCGUUUGUGCAGCUCAACGUCACAGUGACAGGCGAACUGUCGCUGGAGGCCGUGGACCCCGACCUGACCGCGGGCCAGGCCACAGACCCGCUGGACAGCGUGGCGCCCGGCGAGGUGGUGCGGCGCCUGGUGGAGCGGGUGAACGAGAGCACCAGCGUCAACACACAGGUCGACUUCGACCCGGAGGCGGUGAAAGGGCUGGUGACGGGCGACGUGGUGGAGGUGCCGCUCACGCUCACGCUGCCGCAGUCGGUGGUGGACCUGCUGCAGCUAGACUCGGGCAGCGGCGGCACGGGCCAGCACCGGCGGCUGCUGGGCGACGAGGUGCACUCACUGCGGCGGCAGGCGCUGGAGAUGCACGGCAGCCGGCGCAGCCUGUCCGACUUCGUGGCGUUCCAGGGCCGGCUGCAGGACCUGAUUCGGUCGGUGGGCGCUGCGGGCGGCCAGGAGGACAUCGUGAACCUGGUGCCCACAGCCGCCGCCGCCACCAGCACCGGCAAGUCGAACUCGGCCAAGGAUCUGAUGAUUGUCGGUGGCAAGCCGCUGAACGUGACGUCCGUCACUUUCGUGUUCACCAGCAGCAGCUGCAACCCCACCCGUGUUCCCCGCACCAUCAACUACGACUGGGUUUCGUCUCGCUGGGACAACUCCACCACGCCCGCCACCUUUACAAGCCUGAGCCGGCAGCACGACAUCUGCUCCUACAACAAGCUCAACUUCGUGCGGGUGAUUAACAAGGUGUAUGGGCCCAUCGAGAUCCCAUGCACCGGCAGCCAGCCCACCAAGGGCAAAUACGACCUCAACACGGGCUGCUCUGACCCCGAGAUCUGGGGGCUGUGGGACUUUGCAAAGUCCUGGCUGGCGAAGAAUGACCCAAUCAUGUCCAAGGGCCUCUUCGCGGUGCGCCGCAAGAUCAUCGUCUUCCCCUUCUCCAAGGGCUCCGGCUGCGGCUGGGCUGGACGGGCAAACGUGGGCUGCUCCAAUGGCGGCGACUGUAUGACGUGGCUGGCCCCUGGCGUCACCGACACGGUGCUGGACAUGGGCACCGUCUUCCACGAGCUUGCCCACAACAUCGGCCUGGCGCACUCGGGCCGCCGCAUGUGUGACGCCACUGGCACGUGCGCUGUGCGCGAGUACGAGGACCGGACGUGCAUCAUGGGCAUGGGCUUCCCCACGGACAACCAAAAGAAAUACAUCUGCACCAACGCGGCACAGUCCUACAAGGCUGGUUGGGCAUCGCCCCUGGAGCAGAAUGGCAACUCGCCCUUCAACGGCACUUUCACCUACGACGCCGUCACAGGCGACUUCAACGACAACCCCAUCGUGCUGCCCGCCAUGGGCGUCACCGACAAGAACCAUCUGCGCAUCGUGCUGGAUCAGACAGGCAUCGACCGGAACAACGCGCGGCAGCGCGCGCUGUAUGUAUCCUACCGGGCGCGCGUCCCAGGCAUUGAAUACGACAACGGCCUCAACAACAACUACCACCAGAGGGUGUUCGUGCACGAGUUCAACGAGACCGCAGACAACAAGCCCUCGGACCAGGACAACCCGCCGCUGAUCAUGGCGGUCCUGGACGUCAAGGGUGCGAACGGCCGGCCGCCUGUGAUCGGGGACAGCUGGGGCGCGCUGCCGGACAGGUACACGUACACGGCGCCUCCAGGCCUGGGGCGGCUGGUGAUCCGGGUGGUUUCCAAAACCGCAUCAACUGCCUCGCUGCAGCUGUGCCGGGCGUUGGUGGACGUGGAGCAGGGUGAUGACUUGUGCUUCAAUGGCAAGGAUGACGACUGUGAUGGGCUGACCGACGAUGAGGAUCCCGACUGCACCGGUGACGUCCAAGCGGUGGCUAGCUCGCCGCCCCCGCCACCCGUACGCAUCUUCUCAUCGCCGCCCCCGCCGCCGCCCUCACCCUCGCCGCCGUCACCGCCGCCGCCGCCGAAGCGGCCACCGCCGGCUGGCAAGAAGAAGUCGCCGCCCCCGAGCGGGUCGACGUCCUCACCGCCCCCUCCCAAGAAGCGCCCAAACAAGGGUCACUAGUUGCGGCGAAACGCUGUGUUCCAUACAAGACAACGGAGGCAGUGUUCUUGUUAUUGCAGCUUGAGCGUCAAGAAGUACAAUUAAUGCGUGGCGACAGGUUGCGAUCCCAGGCGACAGCAGGUGUGAGCAGCAGGGCAGCGUGUAUGAGAGGCAAGGUGGUGCUGACCGCACCGAAGAGCAGGAUGCAUCAUUCGCUGUACAUACACGCCAAGCCGUGCACGUGAAGUCGUUUGUGUCUGGCUAGCUGCUUAGUAAUAGGAUGAGGCGCUACGGCUCAGUGUGAGCUUGUCAAUAAUGGGCAUGGGCACUUGCACUGUGUCUGUGAGCGGAAGUCCGCUGGGGAAGCGGGUGUCCGUGCGCCAAUCCCUUUUAGCAGGCAUGCAUGGACAGCAGACUGUAAUUUUUAUGCAGUGAUGCACUGUGAGGGCGAUCGGGCCGGCUAUUUGCAUUAUAAUUGAUGACAAGCGCCGCGGGAGAGGGUGGGGUGCGGGGGUGAAGGCGGCGGGAGUGAGUAGAACAUGCCACGCCCGCCAGACACGCUCAUCGCCUGUGAUGGAGUGUGACCUUGCUUUCAUCCCAUGUGUUCAGGUUGGUCAUAUAUUUACUUGUGCGAAUAGGUAGUGCUACGUGUAGGGAACAGGCUCUUGGCUACCUUGAGCCAGCUUUCUGUACCAAGAUGGCUCGCGCGGGUGGCUUCCUGCUGCUAACAGUGCUAGCGAUAUGUAGCAUGGCUGCUCAUGCUGGUGAGCACUUACUAACUAGGCUGGGUCGGGCAUUCUGUCGCGCAUUCCCGGACAGUCACUGUCACUCAAGUGGAUUACGCCUCUAAUUAUGAUUCGCGAUUGAGUGUACAUAGCCACACUGGUGGAGAUGGUUGUUGCAUCGCGCUUGCGCGAGCGACUGGCAAGUUUGUCAGUGCUGAAAGGACUUCGCCACUGGUUCCAUGCUAAACCAUGUUAUGGACACGAUAUGCUGACUAUGGCUGUCUUUAUACAUGAU